GCCGCCGUCUCCUAACCUUGAUGCGUUUCGUAUAAUCAUAGUGAUGGAUUGAAUUAGGGGUUUCCCCACGUCGGCUUUCUUUUUGCUGCCGAGGGGAUCGUUGUAGAAGAUAGUGGGGAGAAGAAUGCUGACGUAGCGUGCUCAAAUUAUAAUAGUUUACUAUUGUAAAGUUUCAGCUGCUUCUUGAUAAUUCUCGUGUGCCGAUAACCUUAUUGUAUACGUCAAAGGUGCGAAAUUUAUGAAGAGAUGGAUGACAGACCUAAAAGAAUUCCGGAGUGUAAUAAUUUCAAAAAGACUGGAUUUUGUAGAUAUGGUGCUGGGUGCAAAUUCUCACACAUUAUCGAUAAACCUGAUGUAAUUCAGGAACUGUUUUCCCAAUUGGAAAUCUCAAAAAAGCCAUCAAGUAGUGUGAAAGUUGGUUUGGAUUCUGAGAAGCAAAAAGAGUUACGACAAUUUUUGAGAUCGUACAUACCAAAUGAAAAACGAGGUGUUACUCAAGAACAUGAAUAUGAUGAUUAUGAAGAUGAUGCGUCUUCAGAUGAUGAACUCACUGAGGAAGAGAAAAAUAGAGAACAUGAGAAAGUGCUCGAAGAUAAAUAUCAACAUAUACCUGACAGUGUUUUCAAGCGAAAAUUUUUACAGAAUAUUGUGGGAAACUUUAGAGCCAGCAAAGGAAUUCCAAGGGACAUUCCAUGUGCCCUUGAAAGGAAUGCCACAUUAGAUUUUAACCUCAAAACGAAACUUACUGAUCAAAUGCAAAAUUCUCCAGGCUACAAGAGGAUGAUGCAAGUUCGUUCUCAAUUGCCAGUUUUUGAGAGCAAGGAUUAUAUUUUAGAUAUGAUCAAGGAAAAUCAAGUUGUUGUGAUCAGUGGUGAAACAGGUAGUGGCAAGACUACACAGGUGGCACAAUACAUUUUGGAUGAUUUUAUCCUAAAUAAUCGGGGAUCUGUUUGUCAUAUUGUGUGCACCCAGCCUCGAAGAAUCAGUGCUGUUUCUGUAGCCCAGCGAGUAGCUGAUGAACGGGGUGAAAGAUGUGGUGAAAGCGUGGGAUACCAAAUUCGGCUUGACAAGCAGCUCCCUCGGAAACAGGGGAGUAUUUUGUUUUGUACCACUGGUAUCCUUCUCCAGUGGCUUCAUUCUGAUCCAGGUCUCUCUCAUGUUACUCAUGUACUCAUUGAUGAAAUUCAUGAGCGCAAUAUGGAUACUGAUUUUGUGAUGACUGUCAUUCGGGAAGUGUUACCACAGAGAAAGGAUUUGAAAGUAAUUUUAAUGAGUGCUACUCUCAAUGCAGAGCAGUUUGCAGCUUAUUUUUACAAAUGCCCAAUUAUUACAGUACCUGGAAAACUGUACCCAGUGGAGAAAUAUUACUUGGAAGAUAUUAUUUCAAUGACUGGAUAUGUGAAAAUGAAACAAAGAAAAUCACGACCUAGACAAGAUGCAUCUUAUAAUCAGUUUUCUGAUAUGAUUGUUCCAUACGUUCUCUCUCUUCGCCAUAAGUUUGGAGAAGUGGUUAUUGACCAGUUAUUGGAACCUGAUAGUGAGGCAUUAAACUUAGAAUUAUAUCAAGAGUUAAUUGAACAUAUUUGUGAGAACGAAGGACCUGGAGCAAUUCUAGUAUUUCUUCCUGGUUGGGAUCAGAUAUCUAAUCUGUGCAGAAUGCUGUCAAGUUCACCAUUUUUCAGCAUUAUUGGUGUGCCCAAACAAGCUUCAGAAGACAGAGACGAGUUGGAAUUUGAGAAUGAUGAAGAGGCAGAGAAACGUGAGAUAAAAAUCUUGACAGGAGUUAAAGAUCGACAGUUUCUAAUACUUCCUCUACACUCAAAAAUGCCUUCUGUUAAUCAGUCACAAGUCUUUGAUCCCCCACCACCAGGAGUUCGAAAAAUUAUCAUUUCUACUAAUAUAGCAGAAACAUCCAUUACUAUCAAUGAUGUUGUCUAUAUUAUAGACAGUGGUAAGAUGAAAGUGAAAAGCUAUGAUGCAGAGAAAAAUGUUUCUGUUUUACAAGACCAGUGGGUUAGUAAAGCAAACGCUGUGCAACGCAGAGUUUUCCGGGUGCAACGUGGCAAAUGCUAUCACAUGUAUACUAAAGCCCGGGAACGUUUAUUUGAUGAUUUUCCCACACCUGAGAUUCUCAGGACUCGACUUGAAGAGUUAAUCCUUACCAUCAAACUCUUGGAGCUUGGGAAAGUUGCUACUAUUCUCAAUCGCAUAAUGGACAGUCCCAAUCCCAAGACAGUCAACUCAUCUCUGAAGCUUUUAGAGACACUUCGCGCUUUGGAUGGUGAUGAAAAUUUGACACCUCUUGGCUUCCACUUGGCAAAAUUACCUCUGGAACCUCACAUUGCCAAAAUGAUAAUUUUGGGUGCUAUCUUCAGUUGUGCGGAUCCUAUUUUAUCACUGGCUGCUUGUUUGAGUUUCAAAGAACCGUUCUUCAUGCCUCUGGGGCAAGAUAAAGAAGUAAUGGCAAAGAAAAUCAUAAUUUCAAAGGGAAAUAAAAGUGACCAUUUAGUUCUAGCUGAAGCCUUCCGAUUAUGGGAAGAAGUUAAAAAUAAAAAAGCGGCUCGAAAGUUUUGUUGGGAUAAUUUUCUAUCAAUGGCUACUUUUCGAGAUCUUAGAAAACUGAAGAUCGAAUUUGCAGAAUAUUUGCAUGAAAUGGGAUUUUUGAAAACUAAAAAUUCCAAAGAUGAAAGUGCCAACACGAACUCAGAAAACUUCAGUGUUCUGAAAGCUGUGAUUUGUGCUGGAUUGUACCCAAAUGUUGCUAUUGUUGAAAGAGUUCAACGCUUUACAUUAUCUGGAAAGCUGGAGGUGGUCGUGAGGACUCCUGAAGAUGGAAAUGUGAAGCUGCAUAGAUCAUCCAUUAAUGAGAGUCAGCAAUCAUUUGAAAGUCCAUAUUUGGUUUAUCACAGUAAAAUGAAAAGUUCACAUAUUUUCCUUCAUGAUGCAACAAUGGUGUCUUCUUUACCGCUCAUUUUAUUUAGUCAUAAAGUUUAUUAUGAUCCAACUGGCAAAGUGAUUCGAGUUAAUGAUGAUAUCGCAUUCAACUGUGCCAAAGAUCUUGCCACCCUUGUUCAAGAAUUGAGACAAGAAGUUCAAAAGGUUUUGGAUACUUUGGUAAUGGAGCCUGGCACAGUAGACUGGGCAAGUAAUGACCAGAAGACAAAAAUUCUAAGGGCAGCGGCGGAAUUAAUUACUUCUGAAGACACUACUCAACAGAAGACUGAGAAUGAUAUUAAAGAAGGGGCUAAAAAGAGGAAAUAAAGAUGCUUGAAAAAUUACACUUUUUCAAAAAUUUCCAUCAUUGCAUUGUGGAAAAUAAUCUAUGUAAAGUUAUUUCUCUCCUGAUGAUAAAAUAUUUUUCAUUAGAAUUGAACGUGUGAAUUAAAUAUGAACGUUUUAGAAUAUUCAUAUUAAAACUAAUGUGCUUUACAUUGUUCACAAUGAUCUGUUUGAAUUUUAAGGGAUCACCAGAAAAAUUAGCUCAUGGGAUGUCAAAAAUGUUGGAAACUCUUCUAAUAUGUCACGCUAAAACUAAAAUGAAACAAAGUUUUUAAAUAAUUUCAGAAAAUAUUUGGUUUAUGAGAUAGCUGUACAAACUUGAGACUUAAUUUGUCUUUUGGAAUAUCAAUUUGGUGUAAGUACCUACUAACAUAUUAAUGUAUUUCAUUUCAACUGCUUUUACCAAUUUGAUUUGAGACUAAAUUUAAGAAAGAUGUCAAAAGGAUUCUUUCAAUCAACACAUUUCUAUUUCAAUUUGCUAAGUAAUGUAAAUUCUUAGAAUUCAGAAUUUUUAUAGGAUAAAAUAGUCCUCCUGUAUUUUGUUUUCUCUGAUAGCAUACAUCGUCUUCUAAGUGCAUUUAGUCUUGUUUGUCAUUUAGAAAAAUGCAAUAAUCCAGUAAUAAUUUAAUGAAUAAGGUUCUCAGAUUUUUUACCAGUCAUUUUAAUAAUAAGUUUUUUUCAUAUAUAGUGCAAAGAAUGUGUAAUUGUUAAUACACACAUGCUAAAUAAUGAAUUGAAAUCAAAGUUCCAUUAUUUUCUUACCUGGUUUUGUCUGUUGCCAUUGGGUUUCCACAGAUUUGACACCUGAGAUGUUUUCUACAAAUUUGGUAUAUGCAUACUUUUAUUUUGUAAAUGCUUUAAUUUUUUGCAGUUGUAGAAACAUAAGCUUUAUGUUUGGAAUGUCAUUCGUAAUGAUUCUUUUAUUCUAAUUUGUGGGGCUUCAUUUUGAAUGAAUUCUUUGUUCUUUUGUGUAUGUAUAAGAAUGUCUGUGUAAUUGAUAAAUUGUAAUUGAGUAUUUGAAAAUUGAAAUUGUGUUGUUAAAUUUAAGUGAAACCAUUAAAAAAAUUAACUUUUUUUAAAUAUUAUUAUUGUUAUUAUUAUUGAAGAAGUGUGAAAGAAUUGUAAAAAAUGGCU